AUAAACCCGGGCAGCUUAAAGUGGAUUAAAAUGACGUGGCAAAAUUGGGAGGGGAGUUUAUCGGUUGUGUGAGAACUGAGAAGGCAGAGAGAGGGCGGAAAUCUGGUUUAGAAAUGGCGGGAAUCUGGUGCAGCUCAACGGUAUCUUCGACACUCCACCUUAGGAAGAGGGUCCAUGGGAUCCGAUGCUGUUCCACCACACCCGAUAACAAGGAAAAGACGCCGCAGCUUUUGAGAAUUGCGGUUGGCGGAGUCACAGAGCUUCUCAGGCUUGUCUCCUUCGGUCAGAACAGAUUGGAUUCAAUGAGUUACAAACAAGGGGAUGAGCUCUUAGUUUCUUGUAUUGAUGAUGUUCUAUUAAUUCUCAAGUCAGAUUAUGAGAACGCUUAUUUUGUUACAGGGAUUUUUACUUCUGCAAUUUAUGAUGAGGAUUGUAUCUUUGAGGAUCCAACUAUUAAAUUCCGUGGCAAGGAUUUGUAUUCCCGCAACUUGAAAUUGCUUGUGCCUUUCUUUGACCAUCCAUCAAUUGCAUUACAAAAGAUUGAAAAGGGUUCGAAUUCUGAAACAAAGUUUGUAUUGGCAUCAUGGAAACUAAGGACCUACCUGAAACUUCCAUGGAGACCUCUCAUUUCUAUUGCUGGAAGUACAGUCUAUGAUUUAAAUGACGAGUUCAAAAUUGUUAGGCAUGCUGAAAGUUGGAACAUUUCUGCACUUCAAGCAGUUGGGCAGAUAUUCACUCCAAGUCUUCAAAGGUUGAGUGAAUGAGCACUAUUUAGUGUCUAUCUAAAGAAAGCUCAAAUUUAUACAAGACCAACUUCAGGCAACGGCAGCUGAUUUGCUUUGUGGAGGUAGAAUUUGUCAUUUCUAUUACAUGCAAGCAUUUAAACCUGACUAAUCAUCCCAUUGUUUGUAAUUUAGCUGAGAAAACCUCUUGGAGCAGUAUGCUACUGCAUGAAAACAUAUAUAAAAGCCUAAAUCUCUCAACAUAUUCUAUUGAACAACUGGCUUUUGGUUUUAAGACAAGGUAAUACCACUUUUUUUUUAUGGAUC